AUGCUGUAAAAAAGGUUUUACAUCAAUUAAAAAUUUUUCAAACUAUAAUAUGAAUUAAUUGUUUAACAAACUCAUUUAAGAAUUUGUAAUGAAAUUAAUUUGUUUUAUUUAUAAACAAUCUUUUACUUCAUUUUCAUACUACUUUUGAGUUUUUAAAAGUAUUUAAUGUUUAACAUAGUCUUCUAUUUAAUUUAACUUUUCUUCACUUAUUUUCGAAAAAUCAAUAGCUUCUUUAUUUUCUUUUUGAACUAUAUUAAAAUUAAACUCUUAAAGAAGAUGAUUAAGCCCUUAAAGAAUUUAAUCCAAUUCUUAAAGAAAUUAGUCAGAGCAAAAAUUAGAUUUAUUUGA